AUGGCCAGCUCGGCAAAAGAAUAUUGGGAGGGCGUUAAUGCCGACAUUGACGGCAUGCUUGGCGGCGUUCCUUCUACAAACGGAUUUUCGUACGUCUCCAAAGUGGACCUCCAAGGUUCUCGCAGUUUUCUCGCGAAACUGGGGAUUGGAAAGCAGAAUGGUCGACGCAGGGUUGCCAACGCGCUGGAGGGCGGGGCGGGUAUUGGAAGAAUCACGCAAGGUCUGCUUGUCGAAGUGGCAGAUGCGGUCGAUGCCAUAGAGCCUGUUACCAAGUUUGUCGCCCCUCUGCAAGAGGUGAUAGGAGUGCGGAACGUCUUCAACGUCGGCCUGGAAGGCUGGUCCCCCAUCGAGGGGACGUUGUACGACUUGAUCUGGGUACAGUGGUGUGUGGGCUACCUGACCGACGAGCAGCUUGUGGCUUUCAUGAAGCGGUGCAGGGCAGCGCUGAACCCUGACGGCGGAGUUAUGGUCGUCAAGGAGAAUUUGAGCACGAGUGGCAUUGAUGCCCUGGAUGAAGUCGACGGGUGUGUUACGAGGGUGGACUCGAGCUUUUUAAGUCUGUUCAAGGAGGCAGGCUACAUGUUGCCAUCGAGGCGGCUAACAAAUCAAACCAUGGGGCAAGCCCAAGGCACACGGAGUUCGGGCCGCAUUCCGGCGCUCCUUGUUGGUGAGCGGGCAAUCGGCGAAAGGGCGAGAGAUUACCAGGGCGCUGUAAGCGCAGCGGGCGGCGCGAUAAGCGCCGCGGGUGGUAGAGAGACGCAGUCGGCCGGCAAGGUGCUGGGGUAAAGUGAAGGCCAGUUGGAGGGGCCGCAAUGGUCCCCUGGGCCCGGCGGAAAAAAAGAAAAGUUCGCCUAAUUACAACCCAGUGUGCUCCUGGAAUGUCGCGUAUCGAACGACAGGCUGCAACGUAAUGUUAGGCGUACCGUUCAGGCCACGGCGGCCGGGCCGGCUAUUCG